GAGGAACACUGUGUGCCGUGUAGCGUCGCGUCGUGGAGUGGAAGCGGCCGCACGGACCAGACCGGCGAGUUACGUAUACACAGAUUCAGUGUGUGAACUUGAACCUGCUUGUGUUUAUUAUGCGUCAGUAACAUGGCGAACGCAGGCAGCUGAUAAAGUGACAGUGAAGAGGCCCAGAAGCGUUCGCUUUCUGUUGAUGGAAUAAUGUGUCACUACGUCACGGGGGCGUAACUGAAGCGGGUUUUCUGUGCCACCGUGUUUCUCUUUUACAGACCAUCCCAAUGGCUACUGAACCGAAAGAAGUAGCCAUAGAAAAUGCUACAACGAAGUCUGAUACAAAGAUUUGCGGUGUUUGUGGUGACAAAGCCUUAGGAUACAAUUUUGGUGCAGUUACCUGUGAAUCGUGCAAAGCAUUUUUCAGAAGAAACGCUCCGAAAAAUAAGGAAUUUAGAUGCCCUUUUAAUGAGAACUGCGAAAUAACAAUAGUCACAAGAAGGUUCUGUCAGCGCUGUAGAUUAAAGAAAUGUUUUGAAGUUGGAAUGAGGAAAGAUUAUAUAAUGUCAGAGGAAGAUAAAGUAAUGAAACGACAGAAGAUAGAACAAAAUAGAGCCCGUAAACGUCCAUUCACUUCAUAUCAAAAUAAAUUCAAACCAGAACCUUCUCAAGACUCGUUCGAGUAUGUUGAUCAUGGUGUGUCACUGCUGUCUCCAGAGAGUUCAUCACAUUCGAAAGAUGGUGGACCUGAGGGAAGCCCACCUCCCGCAAAGAUCUGGAUUGGCAGCCCAUCUGAUGAGAGGCUACAACUUUCACCUUUGAGGAGCCAGCAUGUAGCUGAACCUUAUCCAUCCCCAAGUUCAGCAACAAGUGCAUCUAGCCCCACAUCACCUCCAGAAAAUACCACUAUUAAUGGUUCAAGAACACCUGACAUGCUUUGUGAUUCAGAGAGCAGACAUGCAGAUAGCAAUAGUGGUGUAGUGCAUCAGUCCCCUCAAUCUCACAGACUUUCGUCAUCACAAGCAGUGUACAAAAACUCUUUGAAAAAUAUUAGAAGAAAUAAGGAAAUGCCAUUGUUAUCCUCUCUUAUAAAUAACCACAAGGUGGAUGAACUACUGUCAAAACAAUAUGCAGCUUCCGCUCCAACCACAGUUACACCAAACAACGAAAAUGUGAAGAGACGUGAGUCAGGUGAGUGGAGAGAUCGAGAACAAGAUCAUUACCAUGAACAUGAAAAAAUCUGGAAAGCGAGUGGAGCCUCAUCAAUAUCAGAAGCUGCUAAAGAAAUCUUACAGGAUGUACAGAGAGUACCAGGUAUCCCAAAUUCUUAUCCAUCAUCAAAUUCAUAUGCAUCAAUACUCAGUGAAGCGAUUAAAUUGGAAUUUGAAGCCUAUAGUUCACUGGCAAAAACCCACCAAAAUUCUCGUGAACUUAAUGAUGCUGAAAGAGCCAAGCUAAAUGAGCUCAUAGUUGCCAACAAGGCACUGCAUGAUCCACUGGAUGAUGAUAUUUCUGCUCUGGUGGGAGAUGAUUGCAGAUUUAAGGCCAGUGUGAAUGAAGCUCCAGUUUUACUUGAUGUGAUAAAUUUAACUGCUGUUGCCAUACGUCGACUGAUAAAAACGGCAAAGAAAAUAAAUGCAUUUAAAAAUAUGUGUCAGGAAGAUCAAGUGGCUCUGCUGAAAGGAGGCUGCACAGAAAUUCUAAUGCUACGUAGUGCCAUGUCUUAUGAUCCAGACAAUCAUAUUUGGAAGAUACCACACUCAAAAGAGGCUUUUAAUGUUAAAGUUGAUGUGCUGAAAGAAGCAAAUGGAAACAUAUAUGAGGAGCAUCAGAGAUUUCUUCGAACAUUUGACCCAGAAUGGCGCUCAGAUGAAAAUAUAAUGCUUAUUUUGAGUGCAAUUACACUGUUCACACCCGAUCGGCCAAGGGUUGUUCAUGAUGAUGUUAUCCGACUGGAACAGAAUUCAUACUAUUACUUGUUGCGGCGGUAUCUAGAGAGCCAGUAUCCAGGAUGUGAAGCCCGAUCUACAUUUCUGAAGCUCAUACAAAAGAUUGCUGAGUUGCAUAGACUAAAUGAUGAAUUAGUUAGAGUGUACUUGGAUGUAAAUCCACGUGAUGUUGAGCCACUGCUGAUAGAGAUAUUUGAUCUGAAACCACACUGAAUAAAAAUUUGUGGGAAGAUUCUUCUUGUUACUGCUAAUAGUCUACUCAGAUGGUACACUUUUUUAUUUUGCAGGCUAAUGUCAUUGACAUAAUAUCACAUGAUAAUAUUAUGUAGUUCCUAUAUUAUAAAUAGAUGUUGCCUUUGUGGAUACAGUACAAUUUUUAAUAUAUUGAAGUCAAAACAUGUAUUGUUACUCAGUGAUUAGCUUUCACUUAAGAUAGAUUAAAAGAUUUAGCACAUGAAAUGAAAUGUAUGAGCUGAACAUUUGAAAAUGUGUGUAUAGAGAAUUUUGUGGAAUUUGUUAUAUAUUGUUUGUAUUUGUUUCUAUUAUGUAUGUAUGAAAAUUUUAUUUAUAAUGUCUCGAACAUUUUGCCACAUUCCAAGCACCUAGCGAACUCUGGAUUAAGUGGCAAGACUCGAGCUUUAAUUACUGAACACAAGAGAUCCUAAACAGAGUGUGAAUUAUUUAAAUAAUUAUAUCACUUCAUUGGGAAAGUAUUGAUUUUUCCUGACAAGUUUAUGCCCAACUCACAUGACGAUGUUGUUGGACUCCAAACUCUGUUGAAGGAUUGCUAAAUUCAGAACAAAGUUCGAUUUACACUAUCCAUUGUAUGUAUGAAACUCUUGUGAGGACCACAGCCUGAUGAUGGUUCCGUGACACAUUCCUGCCUCAUCCAUCUGAUGUCAUUGGUAUUGAUCUCUCCUGCCCUUCAUAUUUUCAUGUCAGUUGCAAUUCCCCACAAUUUCAGUGGAUUUUCUCUCUCUCUCUUUCUAUCUUUCUCAUAUGAAACUUGAUAACCACAUCACCCUACUGCAUUGGACAUUGCACACAGCUUUUGUGAGUAAAAGUGACGACACUCCUUGACUGCAGAUGUUAAGCCAUUGCAGGCAGUGGUGUUAGCAUCUUAGCAUGAUGUGGAGCAGCAUGAACAUUACUGUGAGUAAAUUGUGGGUUUGCAGUGUCUGUUUCUGUGGACUCUGGCUAAAGGGGACAGAUUCAUACUCACUCCGUAGCUGUAUAAGAAUACUUUUCUUUUAUAAAGUUUGGCAAUUUUGUAGAAAGGUAUUUUGCAAACUGUUCAGUGUAUGUGGUGUUCCACAUACCUGCAAAUGAAAGUUUGACACUUUAUGACUGAAUGUGUGUGCUUUUUGUGCUGUUGACUUUAGAACAUACUUUAUGAACUUGUUUUAAAAAUGAUGUGUAACAUAUUUUGAUAAAACAUUAAGAAUGUACACAUUUUUAUAAUUGAAAGGGUUUUAGGCUUGAAGGAAGCAUUUUUCUCCUGGAGCCUAUACAUAUGCCAAACAUGAAAUCUGACAUUAUAGAGUGCACUAUUUUUAUGGAAUAAAAAUUGAUCUUGUAUAUGAA